AUGGGGGAUGUGGAAUGGAUGCAAAGACUACCCAAGCCGGAAGACCUAAGGGUUGGGCUCAUCAGCUGGGCAGGAUCCUACCUCACCUAUGAGCCAUAUAAGAAUAUGGUCACUACCACUACAAAAGGUUUGGGCCGGAGACAGACCUGGGAGAUUCUGGUCAGCAAUGAGCAUGACACGCAGGCUGUGGUCCGGCUAAGGAGCUUGCAGGGCCUCUACCUUCUGUGUGAGGCCGAUGGCUCCCUGUGCUAUGACCGGCCAAGGACGAGCCACCAUGGAUGCUUCCUACUCCGUUUCCACCGCAAUGGCAAGUGGACCCUCCAGUGCAUCAUCAGUGGUCGUUACCUGGAGUCCGAUGGCCAAGAUGUGUUCUGCAACUCCCGGGUCCUCUCAGCUUACCACAUGUGGACGCCCCGGCCAGCCCUGCAUGUCCACGUGAUCCUCUACAGCCCCUUCAACCACUGCUAUGCCAGGGCCGACCCCACUGUGGGUCGUGUCUGGGUGGACGCACCAGUUCCCUGCCUGGCGGAAUGUGGGUUCCUGUUACAUUUCCAAGAUGGAUGCUACCACCUGGAGACAUCUACACACUGUUUCUUGUCCCACUUAGACCGGCUGGUCUCCAAACCCUCACCACAGACUGCUUUUCACAUGCAAGUGCGGCCUGGAGGACACGUGGCACUGAGUGACGGAGAAGGGGGCAUGUUGUAUGCACAGGGCUCACGCCUGCUCCUGGGCCUGGGCUCCAAUCCCCGUAGGGGCGAGGAGUGGUUCAUCCUGCAGCGUUGCCCCACCUGGGUCAGCCUCAGGGCAAAGACUAGAAAGUUCCUCUCUGUCGUCUAUGAUGUUGAGAUAUAUGCUGCCUCUGAGCACUUAACCCCAAUGUCGUUGUUCCAGCUUGAAAGUAUCAAUGACAGACCCAUUCUGCAGCUUCGUUCAGCCAAUGGUUGCUACCUGGCCCAGAGGCGCCAUAGGGCAGUGCUGGCGAAUGGGCACCCUCUGGAGUGUGACACCUUCUUCCGCAUGCACUGGAAGUUCGGCAGGAUCAUCCUGCAGUCUCCCAAUGGGUGCUUCUUGGGCAUCGCACCCAACAGCCUGCUCAUAGCCCAUGCCAGCAUUCCAGGCCCAAAUGAGGAAUUUGGGAUUCGAUUAGCCAACCGCCCCUUCCUUGCCUUGCGAGGCCGGUAUGGGUAUGUGGGCAUCUCCUCAGGACAUGACCUCAUGCAGUGCAACAUGGACCAGCCCAACUGCAUUCACCUGCUGCCUUGCCGCCAGGGCAUCUACCAUUUUCAGGCACAGGGUGGAUCUUUCUGGUCAAUCACAUCCUUUGGCACCUUUCGGCCUUGGGGAAAGUUUGCCCUCAACUUCUGUAUCGAGCUUCAAGGGAGCAACUUGCUCACAGUGCUGGCACCCAAUGGCUUCUACAUGAGAUCCGACCGAAGCGGCACCCUGCUGGCAGACAGCGAGGACAUUACCAAAGAGUGUAUUUGGGAAUUUUAG